AUGAGUGCAAUAGUCUCGGCACCGUACGCUACAGCACUGUGCCUUUCAGUCUUCUUCUACUUCAUCAUAUACCCAAUUGUUGUUUACUUUCGCGAUGCUAAAGGUCUUCGUCGUUACCCAAAUAUGCAUCCUCUCUCCAGCAUAUCAUCUAUUCCAUUCAUGAUCGUCGCCCACGGAGGUGCGCGCUCCACAUACCUCUCGAAACUCCACCAAAAGCAUGCGGUCAUUCGAACUAGUCCUAACACUCUCUCAUAUGGAGACCUUCGGGCGAUAAAGGAUAUUUACGGUCAUAAUACAGCUUGCACGAAAGACACAUCCUACGUACUGACAGCUGGGUCUCAUUAUCAUCUCGCAGAUGUAGUCGACAAACAUGACCAUGCGCGGAAAAGAAAAUUGUUAAGCUCAGCGUACGCGAUCAAGAACCUUGAACACUGGGAGCACAAAGUUGCGGAUAAGACGGCUCGACUCAUCGUUCAUCUGGACAAAUGCUGCACAUCUCCUUUUCCUCUGGGCACUAUCCCAAAUCCGGGGGACGUGAACGUCGACUAUCGAGCGUGGACGAACUUCUUUACCUUGGAUGCCAUUGCCGACAUUGGACUCUCCGAAAAACUGGGCUUCUUAGACCAAGGCAACGAUCGCGUGACAGGACGAAGGAUUGACGGCACAACCUACCAGUGCAAUUUUCGAGAUUGUCUAUACCAAAAUGCGAGGAAGCAGUCGCUACUGGUCUGGCCAUACCAGUGGUACCCAUUCAUCAACAAGAUUUCGAACGUAAUUCCUUUCUACGGACGCAUGGGGAGCUUUGCGCGAGAUUGGGAGGGCAUUCCGCUAGAACUAGCACACCGACGAUUAGAACGGUAUCGGCGGGGUGAGAAGCUAGAUGAUUUCUUCCAAGCCUUGAUGGAAGAUAAGGGCGGUAAUCCGAAUAACCUCGAAUGGGGCGAGAUCGUGGCCGAAGUCAGCAUCAUGAUGAACGCAGGAAGCGCGACAACUGCCAUCGCUAUGACAAACGUACUGUAUCAGCUUCUUAAAAACCCCACAAUGAUGACGAAACUAGUUGAGGAGCUGGAUGGAGCACUAGAAGAUGAUGAUGACGAGGAUGAUGGCGGUGAUGGGGUGGUAAGCUAUGACAAAGUAAAACACCUCCCAUACCUUCGUGCCUGCCUCGACGAAUCCCUCCGGCUAUUCCCGCCCACUCCACAUGGUCUUCCCCGCGAAACGCCGCCAGGUGGCAUAAACAUUCUUGGCGACUACAUUCCCGGCGGCGUCUCAGUUGCUAUCUCGGCUUUUGUCGCCCAUCGCAACGAAGUACAAUUCCCGCAAGCAGACAAAUACAUCCCCGAACGCUGGUUAGGAGAACAAGGGAAAGCUCUACAACCAUACUUCCUUGCCUUCUCGGCUGGCGCUAGAGGCUGCAUCGGUAGGAACAUUAGCUAUUUGGAGCAGACUGUGGUUUUGGCAAGUGUGUUGAGGAGGUAUGGCUUUGCGUUGAGUAGGCCGGACUGGGAAAUUGAGAGAUUGGAGACAAUGAAUUGGCUACUUGGGGAGAUGCCGGUGAAAGUUUGGAGGCGGGAGAGGUCGACUGUGAGUAGUUGCCGCGGAGAUGGAUGA